AUGACAGAAAGCCCGAUAAAACUGGAUUGGAACGGUCCAGAUGAUCCAGAAAACCCUCAAAAUUUUGCACCCUGGCGAAAAUGGCUUAUGGUCUUGAUUGUUUCUUUCAGUUCGCUCUGCGUAACAUGCACCUCGGCGCUCUACUCCUCUACCUACGAUCAAAUCACAGUUCAGUUUCAUAUAUCAGAGCUUGCCGCUACUGUAGGUUUGUCGCUUUUUAUCUUCGGCAUGGGUGUUGGCCCAAUGUUCGUGGCUCCUAUUUCUGAGUACUAUGGCCGGCGACCUAUAUACCUAGUUUCAUUAGCCCUGUUUACAAUAUGGCUUAUCCCAUGUGCCACGGCACAAAAUCUUGCAACUAUGCUUGCUGGUCGUAUGCUUGGUGGUCUAACAAGUGCUGCUUUCCAAAGUGUGGCCGGAGGAACAAUCCGCGACUUGUAUACACGCGAAACAUUGCAGUUACCUAUGAUGAUAUACACGGCGACGCCAUUUGCUGGACCUGUUCUAGGGCCACUUGUUGGAGGAUUCAUCAAUUCAUUUGCAUCUUGGCGCUGGUCAUUCUACACAAUUAUAAUCUGGAGUUCUUCAUUAUUUGUCGCAACAAUCAUUUUCAUGAAAGAAACGUACGCACCAGUCAUACUACACAAAAGGGCAUUGUUGGCAGGGUCGAAAAACAAGGAAAACGAAAACUUUCAGCAGCCAACAGCGUCUAUACAACGAGAUUUGGUGACAUCAAUGUAUCGUCCCUUUUUGCUAUUGCUAUGCGAGCCAAUGUGCCUUUGUCUGUGUAUCUAUACGGCUCUGUUGAUUGGCACCUUAUACCUUUUCUUCGGUGCUUUCCCUUUGGUGUUUUCAAACACGUGGGGCUUUAAUCUGUGGCAGGUUGGCUUGACUUUUCUAGGACAACUUGUUGGAACAAUCAUUGGAGUCUUUCUCGACCCUUUCUUCAAACGGAAUUUACAGAGGCUAAUUAAUAAACACGAAUAUGACGGAGAUAGCUUUCCUCCUGAGUUCCGGCUUCCUCCAGCAAUCAUUGGGGCACCACUUAUUACAAUUAGCUUGUUUUGGUUUGCAUGGAGCAGUACAGCAUCGGUCCACUGGAUAAUGCCUAUGAUUGGAAGUUCUUUCUUCGGCCUAGGAGUUUUUCUCGCUUUUCAGGGAAUUAUUACGUUUCUUGUUGAUGCAUAUCCUUUAUAUGCUGCGAGUGCAUUGGCGGCGAAUGCUUUUCUCCGAAGCAGUUUUGCAGCUGUGUUCCCCCUUUUUGGCGUACAGAUGUACGAGGCACUGGGAUAUCGAUGGGCAACUUCGUUACUCGCAUUUUUGACGGUUCCUAUGCUACCAUUUCCAUACAUUUUCUUUAAAUAUGGGGAACGUAUACGAAAAAACAGCCGCUUCGCAGAUCCGGCUUCAAGGUAGGGUUUCCCCCAAAAAGGGUGUUGCAGCAUAGAAUGGUUGCAUACAUUGUUGCUCCAUGAUGAAUUCAAGCUUGCAAUGCGCUAAGCCAAGACACGCUUCCCUCUUAGGGUUACUUUCUUUGAUGUCUUUUUCGUGCUUCUUUAAAGGGAAUUCUGGAGAGUUGAAUUGAGGUGAAUAAAAUUA